UGUGCUCGAUGCGCAUGUCUACGAGGUGUUGUCACUGGAUACAGGUUGGGAGAGAUGUUCGUGAGUUCCCAUCGUUUUGGCAUUAAUUUCACAAUUAUUCAAAUAAGUAACAGUUUAAAUUAUCCCCAAUAAAAGACAUAAAGCAAUCAAAAGGUAAUAUUUAAUAAGUUUUAAAUAAGAGUUGUUCUCUUUUUCAUUUAACAAUUUAUAUUGUCUUUAUCGGCGGAUCUCGAUGGCCUGUCGAUCAUCUUUCACAGUGUCAGCUUUUGGUUCAAAACAGCUUGCGCAAUAACUUCGAGAAACUGUUUAAACAAAGCCUUUAAAUUACAAUGUAAUUACAUUAUUGCAAUGAAUUAUCCGUUUUAUAUCUAUUUCAAAUAUUAUAAUCAAAAGAAUAACAUUGAAAACGCUACGUAAGAAGGCCUUGGAUCAUAUUGUUCCUGUAUUGUGCUCCAUGUGUAUGCAUCCAGUGGCUAUUCAUUAAUGAUUGUUUCGAUCUUCUUUGGGGGGGUUUAAUUGGUGUUAUUUAGCGCAAAUUUAUGUAAAUCAUUGUGCAAGUGUGUAAACUUAUCUGGCUUGUACUUCAUUUCAUUUAUUGACGACAUGUGACCAGCCAUUGUAGAAAAUGAUCAAGUAGCUUAAAGCCAGCAGCAUUUAAAAGAGGGUGCUCUGUGGAAAACUGGAUGCAGAAGAAACAGAAGAACGGGAUGGAGAAAUAUGAGAACCUUGGCCUUGUAGGUGAAGGGAGCUAUGGCAUGGUCCUCAAAUGCAGGCAUAAAGACACUGGUCAGCUUGUGGCCAUUAAAAAAUUUCUGGAGAAUGAGGAUGACAAAUUGGUAAAAAAAAUAGCCAUGCGUGAGGUUAAAAUGCUGAAGCAACUUCGACAUGACAACCUUGUCAACUUGAUAGAAGUAUUUCGGCGCAAGAAGAGACUGUACCUUGUGUUUGAAUUUGUGGAUCACACUGUUUUAGAUGAACUUGAAAAAUGCCCAAAUGGACUGGAUGAAAAUACUUGUCGUAAAAUUUUGUGGCAAGUGUUAAAAGGAACAGAAUUUUGUCACUUGCACAAUAUAAUUCACAGAGACAUCAAGCCAGAGAACAUUCUUGUCAGCAAAUCAGGAAUUGUGAAAAUUUGUGAUUUUGGUUUUGCACGUACUUUGGCCCAGCCUGGUGAGACCUAUACAGAUUAUGUAGCCACUCGUUGGUAUCGAGCUCCAGAACUGCUGGUCGGAGAUACCAAAUAUGGCAAGGCAGUGGACAUUUGGGCUGUGGGGUGUCUUUUUGCAGAAAUGUUGACAGGAGAACCACUCUUUCCAGGCGACUCAGAUAUUGAUCAGCUUUAUCAUAUUAUCAAGUGCUUUGGUAAUUUGACGGCACGCCACAGAGAAAUUUUCUUGCGCAAUCCUUUAUUUGUGGGUAUGAGGAUACCAGAAGUACGGGAGGUCCAGCCUUUAGAAAAGAAAUUUACGAAGAUCUCCAGUGAGGCACUUGACUUUUUGAAACAAAGUCUGCGGUUAGAUCCUGACAACCGUCCCACCAGUUCAGAAUUUUUGAAGCAUUCAUUGUUCACCAGAGAUGGAUUCAGUGCCCGCUAUCAGACUGAGCUCAGGCAGAAGCUUCAGAAAGACUCUUUGGAGAACUACCGAGGAGCAGCUAGCAGCACGUCUUCCUUUCUUGAUUCUUCCACUAACAUAGAAAGUACAAGCAAAACAUUACAGACGCCAGCAACAAAGAAGAAAAAACCUGAAAUCAAAGAUUCUUUGGCACCAAAAGACUCAAAAAAGGAAACAGAUGAAAAAGUGAAAAAGAAGAAAAGUGUGGUAAUAAGCACUCCAGGAGCAGCCUCAUCAUCCACCCCAGUCUGUGACAACAAUGAAAAGCCAGCACUCAUCAAGAACCCCACACCUUCUCCAAAUAACACCAGUGUCCUCUCGCUGCCACCUGCCUCCAUCAAUAGCACAGUGCUUGUGACAGGAGGCAGCUCAGACCAGGAAAACAAUGAAAAGGAGAAGGAUAGAGAAAAGGAUGAGAAAAAGAACCAGCAACAGUCAGUGCCCUCACUGCUGCUGGGCAACUCAAGCAUUCCACUAAUACACCAGCCAAUGCCAAUCCACACCCUAAACGUUGCACAAGGGUCAAGUUCAGGCAAUGGCACCUCCUCCCAUUUGGCAGCAAGUUCCUUCCCACACAGCAUGUCCACCUCUGUGCCCACUUAUGGUUCACAUCAGCAGUUGAGACUGGCUGCAGACAAAGGGAUGAAGAAGGUCAGCACUUUCCCAAAGAAAGUCAGUCAGAAUCAUCAGCCCACCAUUGUCCCACAACAGGGCAUUCAGGGGGAGAAAACUUCUGUCUUUGAGAAGCCAGUAACCAUGGAAAAAGUUAAAUUCCGCUCACCAGACCGUGUCAAAGAAGACAGAGCCCUGAGCUUACCAGAGGUCAAGGGUGCAACUGAUGUCUUAAAGCCAAAAGAAAAAGUGUCAACCAAAAAAUCUACAGUUGCAACUAUCCCUCAAAUUUCAAAUGUGGAUCCUCCUUUAAUCAGCAGUAGUAUUCAGGAGGAUAACCAUCCAGAUAACAGUGGACUCCCAACUGUCUCCUGAAAAAAGAAAAUAAGCAAUGUAGAAUCAUCAAAUGGGAGACAAUUCAGCUAUUCCUCUGUGCCCUUGGUGCAUGUGCAGAAACUGACUUUGCAAAUGUCUCUAAUGAUGUCUUUGAAAUAUCAGCAUACUUCAAAUUGGCCUGCAGGCUAAUGUUAAAGUUUCUAAUAAAACAGUAGUAGUUUAAUGAAGCAGUAUUCCAAUUAUUCACUGUAAUCAUGACUUUUUCUGUCUUCCAUUGCUUGUUCUUAAUCUUCUGUCUUCUUUGGAGGACUUAAAUUUAGAACUAAACAUUGAUGAAUAUUUCAAAGAUUCUGAUGGUUCAGCAUAUUUACUUUUUACGUAAGUGCAAAAGAUCUUGCCACCAUUAAUAGUUGCUUUGUAUAAAUGUUUUCUUCGACAAAUUCUUGUCUAAUUGUCUACAUAGCAUUCUAUCAUACAAAAGAUUAUAGGCAAGUGAGUUAAACUUACACACAUUGUCUUCUGUUGCAAAAAGAAUGUUUUAUAACCUGUAGACUGCUUCUUGUUAAUUGGUAGUUGUUGAUGUGAGCCUUUUUUGUGGUGAUUAUAUAUUUUACUAAUUUUCUUUCCAGAAAUGUAUUUGCAAUCCCUCGUCAAGAAUGUUCAUCAUUUACAUGCAUUUUUAGUGCAUUUUUAAAAUCAAGAGGCUACAGGAGCACUAUCUUUAAGAAAGACCUUAUAAACAGCUUCUGACAUUAAAAUAUUUUAGACAUUGACUUACCUUGAAGUCUGAGUGGAGUGGAAACCUGAAAGUUUCUAAACGGAAUUUUAAAAAGCAAAUUGCUGUGUCUGAAAUACUCCUGACCUGAAACAUUUAUGCUGCCCAUAAAUGUUUAAUAUCCUGUCAGGGUUUGGUAUAAGCCGAGUCUUAUUUCAGGGUACACAUUAAAUUAUGGGCAUGGAGAGUGCUUUGAAAAAGGGAAUUUUUUUUUUCUUUCUUUAAAUGUAGUGGAUUUGCAGCUGAUUUAUCUAGUUUUCAGACUUCAAGAGUUAUUCACCUCUUUUCACCCCAUUCCUCAUUUAGUGAUUUAACUAAUACAGGUUGAUUCAGAUACAGUUGUUAUGAAUGUGCACACAAGUGCCGAAAUUGAUGGAGGCUAUUCUGUAAUUUUGUAUUCCGUUUAUAUAGGUAGAUUAAAGGAGGUAACUGAUGUCACAGAAUCAUUUUUCUGCAGUUACUGUUUUGUUAUUGUUUAGUAGGUUUGUUUCCAGAGGGUAACUUAAUUUUCUAGACCUAGUUACUCUUUAGAAAAUGGCAAAUCAGACAUAAGAUGUACCACUUAAAUUCUCCGCACAGAAAGCACUCAAACUUUAUUUUGAGAAGCAGAUCUAGUUGUUGAAUGAUAAUAUAACGAGGAUUAUAUUCUGUGGCUUAAAGAACAAAGCGAGUGAAAUGGUAUGCUGGGCAUAAAUGAUGGAUAUUGACAUUCUGAAUCAUUUUCGCUCAAAAUAUCUGGUUGCAAAACAUGAAUUGUUUACUUAGAAACAUCUAAAAUAAAGCGGUUGGAGCUACCCUGUCUCUUCUUACCUGAAAUUUUGAGUGGAAACAAUUUAGAAUGUUAAUCUUUAUAAUUUAAGUCCAACAUUGCUUCACUUGCCUUUUUGAUAAAAAAAAAAAAAAAAUUCUUUAGGUAUUAGCUUUAUUCAUGGUCCCAACUAGAAAGGGACGCCCAGAACCGAGUGCGAUGGUGGGGUGUGGUUGCGGCCUUAUGCUCCACUGGGGGCGAUUAGGAACAAGAAGAUUAGCUAUAUUAUGCAGAUCGAGCAGAUGUGGGAUAUGCUUCCAUUUGGAAGAAUGAAAAAAUCAUUCAAAUAUUUUGUUCGUUUGGGCAUAAGAAAAAUUAAAAAAAACAAGCCAUUUAGGUCUUCAGUAGCUUUUACUUAUGUGCUCUUAGAGAUAAAAGUAUCUGCACAAUCUGCUAGUCCCUAGCAGUAAUUGAUUUUUGAUACCUUUAUUUGUGUAUCUGUUGUUAUUUCAUAUAGAGUUGGGCUCUGUGCAGCAAGAUUUAGGUAUUUUGGUAUUGAUGUAACAGAUGGCUCUAUGAAUUUUUUCUGUUCAUACCAGUAUUUUGUCAUUAUCUCACCACUGAUGCAACCAUAAUACUAGUGUAUGCUCUUAAGGAUUGACCAUUGUAAUUUUCGGUAGGCUAGCAUCCCAAAGUACAUUUUGAUAGACAUGAAGAAUUCUGUUUCUGUGACUGGCCCUUUGAUACCUUUCUCUCGCACAUCCCAUUCUUUGCUUUGCAACAGUCAUUGCUAUAUUUUUCUGUUGCCAGGCCUCUUCAAGUGCAUGGAAAGAAGAAUGGUCUAUAUUUUCCCUGCCUUGAAUUUUGUCUUCAAAUUACCAUUCAGCUAAUGUCAUUCAGACUCUUUGACCUCUAAAAAAUUAAGGCAUUUUUCAAAAUCGUUGGUUUCACCAUAUCAUGUUCAGGCUGUAUGCUUACAUAAUAUGUCUAUUUUCUAUAUUUUUAAGUUUUUAUAGGAUUAGGUUUGUUCUCUAUUUAUGAAGCACUCUAAGCAUAUCUUUUGGAAUAGUAUAAAAAUGUUCAUUAUUCUUAACAAGCAGAUUUAAAUUUAUAAGUUAUUAUCAGAACUGCAUGCGCUUUGUGUUUUACAGUAAGAUAUGCAUCAAUGUGACAAAAUAAUUUCUACACAUAAGAUAUGUAAGGGUCUGAUAAGCAUAACCAUCAACAUAUGGCAAUAUGGUGUUGUUGGCUUGAAAAUCAUAUUUGAGAUAUGACAGUAUCAUUCAUUUAUGUGCAAUAUCAUAUUAAGUAAGCCAUAUCAGUAUUUCUUCUGACUUCAAUAAGUGUUGUUUGGGCAACAGACCAUAUGAUUUAAUGUAGAUAUCAGUAAAUGAAUGCAUAGAUAUGUACAUCAUACUCGUACUACUUUUAUUAUUCACAGUUAUGACGUUUAGUGCAAAGUUUCAUUGCUGAUGGUUGAAACAGUAGCCAAUGAUUGAUGCUUCUUUUAGUUUUUUCUGCCAUCUUUAUCAAAGCAUAAUGUACUGUGUAGGAAUUUAGCAAGUCUUUAGUCUGUGAGAGAAAGCUGUUCUACCAAUCGUUGUGUUUAUUAUAUAUGCAUGUUUUUGUUUACUAUUUUGUGCAAACAUAAUGAAUGCAGUAUCCAUUGUCUGUUUAAUAAUUGGUCAUGUCAUUGCAUUCCUACAUCAGUAUUAUACAGAUUUUUGUCAUUUUCAGGUUCAGAUAACCUUGUUGUGCAGCCAAAUAAGCAGUACAAUGCUGUUUUUUGAGUGUGUGUGAGAAGAUAGGUAAGAGAAUAGCUUCAUUAAUCCCUUUUGUUUAGCGUCUAACCUCUCAAUUUAUUUGAGACAAUUUUACCCCUCCCCCAAAAAAUAAUUUAAUCUCUUAAGGUUUUUUUUUUCUUAAUUUCUUUCACAAAUAAUAACAAAUGAUCACAUCCAAUUUGUGCUCUGCAUGGUUUGUCUUGGGGAAAUUUUCUCCAUAAACAUACUAAAUAGAGGACCUAAUUUACUUCUAGUCCAGGCAUCAAAUAACAUUGUUUUUUUAAUAAAGAGGUGCUUAGUAGGUCAAAGUGUGUGUAUAUAAACUUUGGCAUACACAUUUGCUUAUGCCACUCACAUGGUUUUUUAGCUCAUUAACAGAUUGUUCAUGCUAAGUACUUUUUAGAGCACAUGUUCCCUUAACAGCAUGUUAGUGACAAUUUUGUAAUUGAUAUCUAUUUUUAUCAGAGAUUUUAAACCUUCCUCAUCUUGUGCUCAAGAGUCUCACCAUAACACCAUUUUGUUUGCACAGAUCCUGAAUGUUCUUAUUUUGUGAUUGAAUGGUGUCUCCAUAAAAGUUGAAUGUGCAUUUACUAAAUGCCAAUAUAGAAGCAAUGUUACUGAUAUAAUAUUUUACCCAUCAAUUUAGACAUGCAACAGUUCAGUUUAACUGUUAGAUUUUUUUUUAAAGUUUACCUUCACCCAAAUGGUCUGUUACAUUUCUAUUCUACAAGGAGAUACUAGUCUUCACAUUUUUCAUCCUUGUCAAAAGCACUGGGUUUAAUUGGAACAAAGAUAUUAAAGAUGUUUUGGAUUAUUCACUGCUUUGCUUAAGUGUGGUCUAAACAUUGUAUCUGUCCAUAUUCAUAUGUCCCUUUAUUUCCACGUGAAUAUGGCAGAGUAGUAGGUCAUAAUAAGAACUACAUAGACUAUAACUUGUUUUAUAUGCCAGAAGGUGUUACUUAGCAUAGGGUGAUUGGCCACUACAGAAAUUAAUUUUCGAUACAGUUAUCAACAGCACUACAUCUGUACUUCCAAAAUACUAUGCAUGGACUGAAAAUGUAUAUAUAUUACACACAUGCACACACACACACACACGUUUUUGGUUGCACUUCUUUAAAGGACUGACUGUAAAAGAGAAUAUGUCCCAAGUUUUGCAUGUUUGUUUGUGCAUGAGAAUGAAUAAGAGAAUGCUCUAAGGUUUGCUGUGCCUUUUUGUUUUAAUAUGUGAAAUGGCAUACUUUAUAGAGACAGCUGCAAUCUGCAUACUUUGUGACUUUUUGGUUAUAUUUUUUUGUCUAAUUAUUAUCAAGGAAAAUUUCAGCAAUGUCUGGCACCCCGUCAAAAGCAUUUUCUCAGAAACAUUUUUAAGGUACAGCUAUUGAAUAAUGGAAUGUUGCAACUGAACAAUGCUGAAUAACAGAAAUGGCACAAAUUGUUGAUGUAAACAAGGGUCUCUUUUUGCAUUCAUGAUGUACAAAUGUAUAGGAGUUUUGUGCAUGAUUUUGUAUGCAAUCUAUGCUGUCAAUUAUAUAUUUGUUCACAAACAAAAAAUAA